CUGGGAUUGACGCCUCUGUUUGACACUCACUAGCUCUGGGACCUUGAACAGUGGGUUUAAGUUUCCUCAGCUGUGGCCUCUUGGGAUGGAUAUCACCCGCCUACUUCUGGCCACCCUACUGGUCUUCCUAUGCAUCCUCGCUGCUUACAGUCAUCUGGCACCUGAGGAGGAGCCCAGAGAUGACGGGAGCCUAAGGAGCAACUCCUCCAUGAAAGUACUGGAUAUCCCUUCUGUCUCUAUUGUGGCACUGAACAAGAAAUCCAAAAAGAUCAGCAGAACAGAAGCAGAAAAGAGGACAAGAUCUUCCAAGAAAAAGGCUCCGAUGAAGAAGGUAGCGCGGCCCCGGCCCCCUCCGCCCACGCCCUGCGUGGCCACCCGCGACAGCUGCAAGUCGCCGUCGCCACCCUGCUGCGACCCGUGCGCCUCCUGCGUGUGCCGCUUCUUCGGCAGCGUCUGCUCCUGUCGCGUACUCAACCGCAACUGCUGAGUGCGUCCA